ACUGCUUCUCAGACUCUCUGCUGCUUUGGAAAGUUGGGCCUUUCCUAGCUGUGUUUUGCUUUGAAGAAAAAUGAACACAUUUAUCGUGGAUAUUUACAUCCUCCUAAGAACUGGUUUUCAGUCACAGCCAUUGUGGAUAUAGGAUUGGUGUAGCUUGUGGUUUGAGUAGAAAGAGCAUCAAGGAGUUUUUAAACAGCAUUUUGCAAAAUGAGGAUUUUUGUAGCUUUUGAGGGACUUUGUGAAUCUUUUGACAUUUCUUCGGAGGAUACAGUAAAAGAUGUAAAGCUGAUGAUAAAGGAUUACUUUCAUGUCCCUCUCUCCGAAGACAAACAAGGCAGGAGAUAUUUGCAGCUGAUGUACGCAGGAGCAGUACUGAAGGACAGCUGGAUUCUUGCUGACGUAGGGAUAUCAGUUUCUUCCACAAUUAAAUGUGUUAUUAAGGAAGAAGACAAGCCGGCUUUCUAUGUGUAUAAUACUGUCACCCACGAAAAAGUGCCAAUUAUGGGAAAGAUUUGUCUUCUUUCAGCAAAGGUUUCCCAGCUGAAAACCCUGGUGACCCUGAAGUGCGGCUUCCCAAACAGUAUUUAUUGUCUCAGGACUCCAGAGGGCAGGGAAAUGUAUGACUGCAAUACCUUGAGUGAUUAUCAGUUAGAUAUAGGUACUUUACUUCAUCUGGAUGUUUGGGAUGGAUGGAAAGAAUUCCUCACUGGAUGUCUCUUAGGAAACAAACACAAGGUCCAGCGCUAUCUAUCAAAGGAAAAGCCAGUACUCAAUUAUCAAAAGAAAGUAGCCCUUUAUAUGUCAGCCUUUUUUGGACACCUUCAGCUUUCAGCAUGGCUCCUGAAACAGGGUGCAAGACCUACAGAAGCAGUUGGUGUGCAUCCUUACCGUGAAUGGUGUCAAGGCAACAACCAUCCAGAUGUAGCUAAGUGUCCAGUCCAUGCAGCUGCAGAAGCCGGCCAGCUCAUGAUGCUAAAAGCUUUUGUUAAUUAUAGCAUCUUAUGUCUUGAGUGCCAAAACUCGGCAGGGCAGACUCCACUGCAAUUAUGUAUCCAGUAUAAACAUAAGGAUUGUGUAUUAUACUUAGUCACCAAGAUGUGGUCAGUGGUUUCUUACCCCAGUUUUUCCCUGCCUAUGAAAAUCUACAUUAAGUUAAAACAGUGGCUUCUUAAGACUCAAAAUAACAUCCGUAGGAUAAAGCGACGCAACCAGACAGCCAUCUUCAGGACACGAGUUGGGGAUGUUGUCCUUGUGGAUGGUUUUACAAAGCCAAAAAUGACUUCAAAAGGCUUUUAUCAAGCCACACUGAAGGAUGCAAGCAGCAAACAGCUAAAUUUGAACAAUCCAUUCCAACAGAGGGGUACCAACAAGUUUUCAGAAGGGUACCAACAAGGGAUGAAUCUCAAAUUACCUCCACUGGGAGAUGCAAACAAGAGCACAGAGAGACCUCAUCCAAAAAAAAGGAGCAGAAAGAAUGUGCUUAUUUGCAAUGAGGAAAAUAUGGACCAGAAUAUGUGCUUAGCAAGAGUUCCUCUGCCCCCCAUUUCUAUCCUCAAGCCUCCUCCGUAUUAUUCCAUCCCUGAUGUAAAGUUUCUGCUAAACCCAUCUUUGGAGUCAUUUUCAGAACACAGUGGAAGAACUCCCAGGGAGAAUGCAAUCUACUACUUAGCUCUUGCCAGUGCAUUUAAGGAGAAACCUUGGCUUCAGCAACUGAGCAUCGCAAGAACCCUAGCUAAAAAAAGCAUCUGCAAACCAGUGUGCUGAAUAAAACCAGGUUUAAACGAGCACAUCCACCAGAUGAUCUCUCUAUAACGAAAAUGCGGAGCUGCAAUCCUAAGAAUACUUUCCUGCGAGUAAACCCCAUUGCAUAAAAUUUGGAGAUAAUUCUGAGUAGACCUGCUUAAGUGUCUCCCCCCCCUACCCCAUCCCCAGGAAUCUAUUUUCUUUUCCUCCCUGAAACAGUGUUCAGAGAGGGUUAACAAACGUUAUUAAUAAAGUCACGUUUUCAGCAGCUAAUAUAUAAUGCAUAGUUGUAUAUCUGGGGCUUUAUUAUUCAGAUGUUUGUGACCAUUAUGGCUCUGAAGCAAGCUGAUAUUAGUUUACAAUGCUACUGAAAAUAAAUUUUGAAUACCAGAAUUUUAUCUGAACACAGGAGAGCUGUUUUUAUUACAUUAGUACAGAAAGAAAAUUGGUUGCACAGCAUGAAGAGACUAGUUGUCCUGAAAAACUAGGCUUGAGCAAAGCCUGGAGAUAAAAACAAGCCUCUACUGUAUUUGUAACCCAAAGGACAGGAUAGGAGUAGUUUAGCUAAGCAGGGGAGGAGUCGGCAAACAGAAGUUAGCAGAGUGUAUUUUGCUGGAGAACUGGAUGAACUUUUCUGAGCUUGUUUAAAGUAAUUGGAAAAUUAGGUGUCUAAAAAGUUACUUAGUAAAGGGGAGGAAUUAAAUUUUAUAUAACUGGUAUUACUAUUGUAAUUAUAUUAUUACUUAAGGACGAUCACUGCAAUCCUAUGCAGAGUUAGCCCAGUCUAAUCCCAUUGAGAUCAAUUGCCUUUAGACUGGAGUAACUUUACAUAGGAUUGCAUUGGUACAUGUCUUUCAAGCUGCAGACUGCAGCCUGGUUUCUGUGUUGCCCAAUUUGUUGGGAACUGAAAUUCCUUUUGAAAGAGGAGAGCAUCGGAAGGAUCCAGCACUUUUGCUGGACUGGAAAAGUUAGACUUGUCUCACCACAAUUUUUUUGCAAGCAAGAACCAGUUAAUUGAACUUGGAAAGCCCAUCCGCUGCAAAUUUCUGCUCACUGUUGUAUCUAAGUGCUUAACUAUAUGACUCUUUGUUGUAUUGCUCUGUGUAGUGGAGGGUUAUGGGUUAAGGAAAUUGUUUAAUUUGUCUUGCAAGUGCUGUUCUUGAUUUAUUGCUCCAGAACACAUGCAGACAUAAGUUAUAUAUGCAAAUAAAUAUUAAAUUCCAACAUUUUCUAAUGCUAAUAAAGUAUCAUUCCCUUUAUUGGAA